AUGAAGCCACUUUAUGAUUCUCAGUCAUAUGAAGAGGAAGCAUACAAUAGAUAUCAACAAGAAGAUAUGAUUGGUCAAAGUUUCGAUUUUAGACCUCCGACAACUACAUCGAAAUUUGGUCAAACUAGUCUAUAUAAACAGAAUGAUACUGUUCAAAUCAAUGAAUCUCAGCAGAAGGAAGGAGGAUUCUUUAAAUCUGUUUUUGAUCAAGAACCGGAGAGAGAAAGCAUUUAUCAUCGAAUUGAUUUAAAAAAGACUGCAAAACCUGAAGAUUCGGAAAAAAAUUUAACUCCAAAGGGCUCUAUUGGGGAUUUCUUUGAAAAAAAAGUGGUAUCCAGUACGGAAGUAAAAUCAAAAUUACCAAAUGAUUCACGAAAAUCAACUGUUAACGUUUUUGAAAAAGAAUCAAUAAACACUUCAUUUAGAACCGGAAGUUUUGCGGAUCGGUUAAGAUUAUCAAAAAUUACCACGAAAUUAAGUGAAAGUAGAGAAAAAAGAGAUGAAAAAGUUUCAAAUAUGGGAGAAGAAAAUAUAGAAUUCAUGGGUCAUAAUAAACUUGAACUUGAGAGCUUUGAUCAUAAUUUUGAAGAAGAAUUUGAUGAAAAUCCAAAAAAAAAAUUAUCCGAGGAAGAAGAUGAAUUAGAUGAUGAGGAAUAUUAUAAAAGAAAACAGAAAAGGUUGGCUAAAGAUGAAAUUUAUGAGAAUGAUCCUCCUAGAAAGUUAGCACAAGAUGAUGAUUAUCUUCCUCCCAGAAGGUUGAGUAGGGAUGAUGAGCAAGGUCCUCCCAGAAGGUUAAGUAGAGAUGAUGGUUAUCCACCUCCAAGAAGAUUAAGUAGAGAUGAUGAUUAUCCGCCUCCCAGAAGGUUAAAUAGAGAUGAUGAUUAUCUACCUUCCAGAAGGUUAAUUAGAGAUGAUGAGCAAGGUCCUCCCAGAAGGUUAAAUAGGGAUGAUGAGCAAGGUCCUCCCAGAAGGUUAAGUAGAGAUGAUGGUUAUCCACCUCCUAGAAGGUUAAAUAGAGAUGACGAUUAUCCGCCUCCUAGAAGAUUUGGUAGAGAUGAUGGUUAUCCUCCUCCUAGAAAUAGAUAUGAAGACGAUUUUGAUAGGAAACCUAGUUUUAAAAUGUCAGGAACAAUUUCCAGAGAUCUUAACCGAGAUUCUGCCCGAGUUGAAUUUGAUCAAAGGGAACGGGAAAGGGAAAAAACUGUACUUGGUGAACGUGAUUUUUUAACAUGGAAUAAAUACCCGUCACAAAGAAAAGAAUUAAAAGAAAAAUAUACAAAUCCGAUGUCUAAGAAAAGUUUGUAUAAACAUCCAUGGCCAGAGUUGUAUGAACGACUUCAUGGUGUUCAAGAUAAAGUCAUUCAACAUUUUGAAAAAUUACGAACUGAUAAAAAAUAUCGAUGGGAACAACGAAUGAUUAUGGUUCAAGGAGAAGCGAAAAUUUUAGAUUUAGUAAAGAAAGGAUAUCCGGUUAAAAGUCUUGUAGUAACAGCACCUUAUAAACCUAAAACUAGAUAUGAGAUUCAACCACCAGCUUUAGAUUAUAUAGAAAGACCACCAGCAAUUUUAGCAGAAAAGUAUUAUCUUAUGAAUAUUGAUAUGGUACGUAAGAUUUUGGGAAGUGCGGCUAGACCCGAGAAACAUGAACUUGUAGCUGAAUUUCAAUUUCCGGUAGUAGAAUUUCCACCUAAAGAGAAACUUGAUAGAGUAUUAGUUUUAGAAAAUGUGAAUGAUCAACAUGAACUUGGAAUGUUACUUCGUUCAGCAAGAGCAUUAGGUUGGCAAGCAGCUUAUCUAAUGAAUAAAUGUGGGGAUGUAUAUAAUGAUUUUGUUCAGAGAGCUUCAGAUUUUUAUAGUUUAACUAUUCCAUAUAUAUAUGGAUCACCAGAACAAUUGCCAGAAUUUUUAAAAGAGAAUGAAAUGGAUAUGAUGUUUGCUAUGAAGAUACCACACAGUAUUUGUACUGAUCCUCAAUUUAUUAAUACACCGGAUAGAAAGAUUAUUAGAAAAGUAAAAAAAUUUGAAGAUAAAAAUCUAAUCGAUACACCAUUUAACUUUUGGCAUACAAGAGAAAAAGAAAUAGGAUUUCCUAAACGUGUUGCACUUUGUGUAAGUGAUGCAUACGAGUCAGGAACAUUCCCGGAUCAUUUAAGAGCAGGUUUAAAUAUUACAAGUUUGAAUGUUCCAUCUAUUGGAAGUUUAUUAAUAUAA